UGUAGAAGAAGGAGGCGCUGUCCUAUUCCAGCAUCAUCAGUCUCUUUCCUCCAUCAUCCCCUCCACAAACAAAGCUCAAUAAGCUGGAUUCGUUUGCCGUCCGUGUGCUUCAAACUCAACUUCUGGCAUCAGUAUGUCUGACAAGAGUGAACUGAAGGCUGAGCUGGAAAGGAAGAAACAACGGAUCGCUCAGAUUCGAGAGGAGAAGAAGAGAAAAGAAGAGGAGAAGAAAAAGAAAGAUGGAGACUCCAAACGUGGAGGUGAGGCAGGGGGCAGCUCCGGCCAUGAAGACUCGGACUUGGAGAGGAAGAGGCGGGAGGCGGAGGCUCUCCUGCAAAGUGUUGGCAUCACCCCUGACAUACCGCACGCUCAGCCCCUGCGGGUAGUAACAGAGGAUACAUGUCUGUUUCACUACCUAGUCCCUGCCCCCAUGUCUCCCUCCAACAAAUCAGUGGGCAGCGACGCAGGAAGCCAAGAUUCUGGGGAUGGAAACGCAGGACCAAGGACAUUGCAUUGGGAUCCUGACCCCUCUACUCUGCAACUCCACUCCGACUCUGAGCUGCUGGGGCGCGGCGCUGUGAGGCUAGGCAUGUCCAAAGUUACCCAGGUGGACUUUCUCCCGAGGGAAAUGGUGUCGUACUCCAAAGAAACUCAGACUCCCACAGAGGCACUGUCACACACCGAUCAAAAAGCAGAUGAAGAAGAGGAUGAGGAGAUAACUGCUCCUCCAGCAACAGAUGACACUCAAGAUGAGAGAGAUGAACAGGGUGAACAACAGGAUGAGGACUCUCCCAAGGAGCUGACCGAGGAAGAGAAGCUGCAGGUCCUCCACUCUGACGAGUUCUUGUCGUUUUUCGAGCGUGGCAGCAGAAUCGUGGAGAGGGCUCUGGCAGAGCAUGUGGAUGUCUGCUUUGAUUACAGCGGGAGGGAUCUGGAGGAUAAGGAAGGUGAUUUGCAGGCCGGAGCAAAGCUGGUGCUGAACAGGCAGUUUUCUGACGAGCGCUGGACUAAAAACAGAGUGGUGACCUGUCUCGACUGGUCUCCUCAGUAUCCAGAACUGCUGGUGGCCUCAUACAACAACAACGAGGAUGCUCCACACGAGCCCGACGGUGUGGCCUUAGUCUGGAACUUGAAGUACAAGAAAGCCACACCUGAAUAUAUCUUCCACUGCCAGUCUGAGGUCAUGUCAGCAGGCUUUGCGAAGUUUCAUCCCAACCUGGUGGUGGGCGGGACGUACUCCGGACAGAUUGUGUUGUGGGACAACCGCAGCAACAAGCGCACUCCCGUCCAGAGGACUCCGCUUUCAGCAGCUGCGCACACACACCCAGUCUACUGUGUGAACGUGGUGGGAACCCAAAACGCCAACAACUUAAUCAGCAUCUCCACCGAUGGCAAGAUGUGCUCCUGGAGCCUGGAUAUGCUCUCUCAGCCACAGGACAGUCUGGAGCUGGUGUUCAAGCAGAGCAAAGCAGUGGCUGUCACCUCCAUGGCGUUUCCUUUGGGGGACGUGAACAACUUUGUGGUAGGAAGCGAAGACGGCUCCGUCUACACCGCCUGUCGCCACGGCAGUAAGGCGGGCAUCACUGAGGUGUUUGAAGGCCAUCACGGGCCUGUGACCGGGCUGAGCUGCCACAGCGCAGGAGGGCCCGUCGAUUUCUCUCACCUCUUCAUCUCCUCCUCCUUCGACUGGACCGUCAAACUCUGGAGCACCAAGAGUACUCGUCCUCUUUACUCCUUUGAGGACAGCUGUGACUACGUCUACGACACGAUGUGGUCUCCGACACACCCAGCCCUGUUUGCUUGUGUGGACCUGUCGGGACGCCUGGACCUGUGGAACCUCAACAAUGAUACUGAAGUUCCCACAGCCAGUGUCAGUGUUGAUGGGGCUCCGGCACUGAACCGGGUCAGAUGGUCUCACGCUGGGAAGGAGAUCGCCACCGGGGACUCGGAGGGACACGUGCAGGUCUACGACGUGGGAGAGCAAAUCUGCGUGCCCAAGGCGGACGAGUGGACACGCUUCGUCCGGACGCUGGCCGAGAUCAACGAGAACCGAGACGAAGCAGAGGAGCUGGCCAACGUCUGAAGCAGCAAAGCGCCCCCGCCCCCCGACAACAGCUCAUUACAUUUUUACCCGUUGCACGACACUCAGACAGCACAUCUCAUGGCAGCGGUGGAGGAUCUGCUCUCUCCUCUCUGUGGCUUCCAGCUUUUCCGCCCUCUUUCCAACCGGCCUGAGGAGACGCGCAGAGCUAGAACGAAUGGAAACGACAGCGCCAGACUGGGAACGGAUGCUCUUUUGAAUGCGAGUUUUAGAGUACAAUUGUAGAUACGAGUGGAACAACAAGCAGUGAAGUGGUCUGAAGGUCGACUGAAAAGGGAAACGCGUAGACGAGGCUGUCUGAUCUGUACUUCUAGCUUUGAUAACAUCCUCAGGGCUCCAGAAACUGCUCCUCUCCUGAGGCCUCAACCAACUCAAACCUUUUUUUAUAUAUGCAAACCUUUAUACUUGCACCUUUUUAAUCACCCUUUAAGUGUUUUUACAUGUUCUAAUGGUUCCCAGACACGCUCGUGCAUGACUGACCUCUCACUAUCAUAUCGUCCUUGCGGCACUUGAAUCUGAUGACGGAAAAUGUAACACGCGCGAUCCAGUGCGUCAUUGCUUCGUUUUAACCACUACAAUAUUUAUUAUUUAUACCAGUGGUUGCUUUAAUUUAAAGAUUUUGUGUAUCGUUUCUGAAACAUGCUGCUUUUUACUUAAAGCUCGAUUCAUUCCUGAAAUUAGCACUACAAGCAUUUUAACAAAUUCCGUUUACCUGGCUUGACUUUUAACACUAGUACAAACAAAAUGUUUGUAGUUUUUUUUUUGUACUAAAGGUUAUUGCUUCAUACUGUACACCUGUGUAAUGAAUAGUAGAAACAGUUUCCUGACUCGUCCUCUUAACAGGAUCUGAAUAAAGUAAAUGAACUCUCAUUGUUCACAUA